UCCUUGUCUCGCUGCUACUCCCACCAUGUCCGAGCGCAAAGUUUUGAACAAGUACUUUCCACCUGACUUCGACCCUUCGCUCAUUCCGCGAAGAAAGGGUCCAAAGAACUCCCAACAGGUCGUCCGUCUGAUGGCACCCUUCUCUAUGCGAUGUAAUACCUGUGGAGAAUACAUUUACAAAGGAAAGAAGUUCAACGCUCGUAAGGAGACAGUUGAAGGAGAGGAUUACUAUGGCAUCAAGAUAUUCCGGUUCUACAUCAAAUGCACACUAUGUUCCGCCGAAAUUACCUUCAAAACAGACCCAAAGAACACUGAUUAUGCAGCAGAGCACGGAGCCUCACGCAAUUUUGAACCUUGGCGGGAGGAAAAGGUCGGUGAAGAGGAAGACCGCCUUGCGCGGCUAGAAGAAGAGGAGAACAAUCCCAUGAAAGCUCUCGAAAACCGGAGAAUGGACAUCCUCGAUGCACUGCAAGACAUCAGAGCUAGAAAUGCUCGGAACGACCGUGUGGGACAAGUAGUCGAUCUUGCUGCCCGGAUCGCGGCUGAAGAGGUAGAAACCGAGGAAGAUCGACAGCGCAGAUUGGAAGAGGAAGAGGACGACGAGAUCGUACGACAGGUGUUUACGAAGGUGUCUAUGCCCACACCACCCGAGCUACCUUCCACCUCAGCCGGUUCAGAAUCAUCAGCCGCAGUGUCAUCGACGUCACGCACGGUCACUGUUAAGCGAAAAGCAGAUGAUGUUGAACCCGACAUCCGUAGUCUACUUCCACAACCCGAUCGCGCUGCGGUAGACGCUAAAAGCACAGCUACAGCAAAGAGAACCAAACUAGACCUCAAAAACAAGUUGGGAAUCAAGGUUGCGAAGAAGGGCAAAGUUGCUGUAUAGAUCUAGGAUUCCCGGCAUAAAAUAAUCUAUGUGGUACGCUCACCCAACCGUCGUCAACCAACCAGUCAAUCACGCAUAUCUACUACAACGAUGCUAUCGCUGAGCGGCACUGCUGCAUUCACUGACACGCGGUGUGUGCCUCCGACGUCGUCUACUCCGGCUCCCGCGGCUUCGUGGAUAUGUCCCAAACACGUGGAGUCGACAAUGCCUCAGUUGCCUCAGCCUUGAUGAAAGAGUUGGGCACCCUACGUACUUCCUCUUCCUUGUUUUAUCCAGGGUUCGAUACGGUGGAGUGUGGGUGAUUAAUAUCUCUGUAUCUUCCGGUACACGCUGGUAUAUCGCUGUUGGUGAUCGUUAUCAAUGAGAAUGUUGGUAUACUAUCAUGCGAUGUACCUUUUGCCUCUGUGGAAGAGGCGUAUUGAAAGGCACCUUCGAGGUGAAUCGGGGCUGC